AUGACUGGAGUGAACAAAUCUAAGUCUAAGAAAGUCGCCACCAGAAACAAAAAUAAGCGUAUCAAAGAACUCUGCACUAUUAUUUUCGGAGACAUCGAGCCGAAAUCCCAACUUCACAAGCCCAACACCAAUUUUCCGUUCGUUAAUUGCGACCCCGAGAAUAUCAAGCACUUGAAUGAGGAUCAUAAAGAGUGCUAUAGAUUGAUCAGCGAUUGGUUCCAGCCAAUCCAAAAUCUACGUCACGUAGACAAUCUCGAAUUGGAUGAGAUCCUUGAACACCACAGAUCUCACUUUCCAGAUGAAUCAACUCAAAACUUGCCAGGAAUUAAAAUAAAGUAUGGAAGAUUCUUUCACAUAAUUGCCACGUUGAACGAAAUGGAGGAAACUGCUGCGGCAGCUGCAGCCGAAGGUAUUACUGUUCAAGAGUUCACAAAAAGAGCUGCUGUCGCUCAUUUUAAUAACGCCGCUGCUCAAUGCAAAACCAGGGCUGCCGAACUUCUUGCUGCUGAGGCCGAGUUUCGUGCUCUCGCGUCUCUACAUGGAGGUUAA